GGCUGCUUCAGCUCAGUUGCCUCAGGGGUGGCGUCGCGCUCGCGCUCGGAUCAUGUUCAAAGUCUUCUCCCUCCGUCAUGCAAGUGCAGACAGCUGAGACACCACUCGCCAAUUCCGAGACGCGGCAAGCCUUGACCGCUCCUUUCCAGCCUUUGUCAAUGACCUCCAUCAUCCAUGGCCAUCCUCCGACGUUCUCCUCUAUGUCUCUUGCACAGACCUACCGCUCGACAUGCUAGUUCGCAUGCAAAGCCAGCAAGACUGACGAUCGGCAUUCGACGCGAGGACCCUCUUCGUAUAUGGGAAAGGAGGUGUCCAUUGACACCAGACGUCGUCAACGAACUCGUCGAGAGAGAUGGCGUUGACGUGUUGGUCGAAGAGUGCGACCGGAGGGUAUGGAAGACCGAAGACUUUGUCAAGGCAGGAGCGAGACUCGCCCCGACCCUGUCAGCUGCCCACAUAACCCUCGGCAUCAAAGAGACACCUCUCCACGAAGUGCUCAAUGACCCCGUUCCGAGUCCCACUCGACAGACAGCAACGCUACCGCUCACGCCCCGAACGCACCUCAUGUUCUCCCACACAAUCAAAGGCCAAAUGUACAACAUGGAGCUGCUCUCGAAGUUUGUUUCUGCAUCGUACAUGAGCGGAGGCACAUCGACAGACCAACCGGGGUCGCUCCCGCGUCUUAUUGACUACGAGCUGCUCACAGGCGAGGAUGGCAAACGGACGGUAGGCUUCGGGUGGUUCGCUGGUGUCGCAGGAGCUCUGGAAUCCCUGAAUGCACUCGCGCAUGCACACCUCGAGCUUGGUGUCGCAAGCCCGUUCCUGUACACACCGCGACCUCACGCACACCCGACUCUAGCAUCUAUCCGUACGUUGCUGCGUGACGAAGUCGGUGCGCGGAUCAUCGCAGAAGGUACUCCCAAGAGUCUUGGUCCCAUCGUUUUCGGCGUUACAGGAUCGGGGAAGGUCGCGCAGGGCGUGCUGGACCUCCUGAAAGACCUGCCUAUUGAGCUGGUCAAGGUCGACGAUUUACCCGCGUUGGUCAGCAAUCCCGACACCGAUCUGCACAAGGUGUAUCUCGUUCAUGCACUUCCGCAAGAUUACUUCGUGCGCAAGGACAGGAAUCCUUACUCUCGAUCUGACUACUACGCAAACCCCGAUCAAUACGAGUCCGUUUUCCAUGACAAGAUCGCACCCUAUCUCUCGCUCCUGCUGCACGGAGCAGGCUGGGCACCGAACUUCCCGCGGAUCAUGAGCAACGCGCAGCUCAUCACCGCUCUCGAGAAGGCACAGCAAAUCGGGCGAGGCCGCUUCGCAUGCGUCGGUGACAUCAGUUGCGACAUCGAGGGCGGACUCGAGUUCCUUCCCCACGCGAGCACGCUCUCCGCGCCCUUCUUCUCGAUCCAGCCCUCGCCCACGCUGCCCCCGGUGGCCAUCAUGGCCGUCGACAUCCUCCCGACCGCCCUCCCGCUCGAGGCGUCAGAGCACUUCUCCAACGUCCUCGCGCCGUACUUGCGUACUCUGAUUGACGAGUAUCGUGGACUGCCUAACCAUGCUGACGACGCCGCGAGGCUCCGACGUGCUGCGCUGGAACGUGCGACCGUGGCGAAGGGUGGUCAGCUCUCCAAGGAUUUUGAGUGGCUGAAGGAGCCUUUGGGCUCUUGGGCCGCGGGCUGCAAGGCAAGCGAAGGUGCUUCUCCCAUAGGUGCUGCUAGUGAGGCGGCGCAGAAGCUCGGGGUGCCUCCGCGGAAGAAGCGGGUGCUAAUGCUAGGCAGCGGUAUGGUCGCCGGCCCUGCGAUCGAAGCGAUCUGUCGACGGCCCUACGUGGAGCUCGUUGUCGCGAGCAACGUGCUCUCCGAGGCUGAGAGGCAGACUGCGGAGUUUGCGAAUGGGCGUGCUGUUCUGGGCGACAUGCAAGACCCCGCGAAGAUAUCGCGCCUGGUCGAGGAAGCAGAUGUUGUAAUCAGCUUGCUACCUGCCCCGUUCCACCCGUCCGUGGCGAAGCUCUGCAUACAGCAUGAAAAACAUCUUAUCACCGCUUCCUAUAUCUCACCGGACAUGGCGGCCUUGCAUGAACAGGCGGUUGCUGCUGAUGUUGUGCUCUUGAACGAGAUCGGUCUUGACCCAGGCAUCGACCAUCUUUCUGCCAUGUCGCUCAUUGACCGGCUCAAAGCUCAAGGAAAGCGUGUAACCCAUUUCACGUCAUUCUGUGGAGGUCUACCCGCGCCUGAAGCUGCAAUGGGUGUUCCUCUUGGAUACAAGUUCAGCUGGAGUCCGAGGGGUGUGUUGGUCGCCGCGCUGAACGCAGCACGCUUCAAGGUCGAAGGGGAGGUUGUUCAAGUGCACGGUGAGGACUUGCUGACGAGUGGUAUCACGGACGUGCCGAUCUCGGACAUCAUGAGAUUCGAGGGCUUGCCCAACCGUGACAGUCUACCGUAUGCACGCCAGUACGGUCUCGGCGACCCUCAGUCACAAGAUCUUCAAACUAUCUUCCGGGGUACCUUGCGAUACCCUGGCUUCUCCACAUUGAUGCACGGGCUCCGUUCUAUUGGGCUGCUCGAGAACUCGACGAAGGUCCAGUUCUCCGACUGGACAGAACUCGUACGGAAGUCCCUCGAAGUGCGACUCGGACGUACUCUACCAGGUGACGAAGCAUCUGUUCUCAGCGCUCUCCGGGACAUCUCGCCAUCGCAGACGACAGAAGAGCUGAUCGACGCGCUGCGCUGGUUCUCGCUGCUGUCUCCUCACGGGUCUCGGACGCUGUCUUCCGUUGUCGCGCUUCCUUCAGUCCCCUCUUCCUCGACGCCGCUCGAUGCCUUCGCCUUGCUUCUGGCAGACAAGUUGAAAUAUCAGCCCCAUGAGCGUGACAUGGUCGUCCUCUCGCACGAGAUCGUAGCCAGCUCCCCUCUCUCCUUGCAGCCGGAAGUACACACGUCGUCGCUUGUCGCAGUCGGGGACGCGAAAGCCUCAGCCAUGGCUCGCUGCGUCGGCUUGCCUGUGGCAUUCGCCGCUCUGCACGUUCUGGAUGGAGGCGUCAAGCUAAGAGGCGUGCAUGGCCCUACGGAUAGGCAAGUAUACGAGCAUAUGCUGCCGAGGUUGGACGAGGCGGGUUUGGGGAUGAAGGAAAGUGUUGGUACGAGAAUGCAGGUAGGAGAGGCGUUGCGACGCCAAUAUUGCUCGUGACUCUCAUGCACGGACGUUUGGAACUUCGGACCUAAUUUUUUACCCCGAUUCCGGGGUUGUAUUGAAUGUGUGCGCGCACCACCCAUUGUCGCCCUUUGCUAAAUAGUCGAUCGCUCAUGCAAAGAUGUUUAGGAUGUCGAUAUCAGCGCGUUCCGAUUUCCCACCGAGCUUUUCGACCAACAGCCUUCACCGAUAG